UAUUAAUAUUAAAUAUUUUUCAGAUUACGACAAAGCCUUACUCCAGGAGGUAUACCCAUCCCACUACCCAAUGUGUAUGACAUGACGGGGCUGCAGCCAGACGGCAACAACACUUCUGGGGGUGGAAUUGAGCCUUACUACUCCAUACAUUCUCGUCGUAGCACUCGCAAAAUUGUUCCUUGUGGCAGUGACAACACUCUCGUCUCUGGUGAAGAGCUCAUCUUCCAGUCUGAGAACUACCCAGAUAAUUAUCCCAAUAGCCAUACGUGUAGCUGGAGUUUUACGAAUGCCGAUCAAAAUGCAAAGCUUAUUGUGGUUUGCGAUCCGUUCUCUACCCAAAAGAACAAGGAUAACUUGAUGUUCGAAGAAUCUGGCGGACCAAGUAAUGUGGCAGAGCUCCCAAAAGUAAGUGGAGGGUACGACAGUUUUACGGUCAAGACUACCACGAACAGCUUGACUGUCACUUUUACGACAAGUAGGAAAGAUGCCUUUACGGGCUUCAGCUGCACCGUUGCGAGUACAGAGAACCAAGAUUCCACCUCCAGCCAGCCCAGCUCAACCACGAUGCCCAGCUCGACCACGAAACCCAGCUGUGGUAAGUUCCUUAAAACACUAACCUUAGAUCUGUCAGACCCGAUGCUUCUCGACGUUCAUUUGUUCUAUGGGGUUUCCAUAUGGGAUAAUGGGUUCCUCUAUCAGUUCCUGUUUAGGCAUCACCGAGGGCAGGUACGUCACUCUGUGCUCCUAUUUUUGUGUAAGUUUUUAUGGAGUUUAUGUUCGAUAGACCCAAGUAGAGUCAUAGUGUGGGGGCGGGGGAUAAAUAACCUUCAUGUGCUACGACUGAAUGGUAGCUCUCUCUGCUUGUUAACAGGAAGCCAAUGGUCUGGAGAUAAUCUAAUAUUAAGUCUUCUUAGUGAAUAUAUUUGUGUUAUGUUGAUCAGAGUAAUAACUCAUUCAUAUUUUUUCUGCUCUUGUACAGUAACUACUUCCAUUUAUAUUUCCCUUAUUUUUUUUCUUAAUAGG